AUGGGACUAAUAUACAAAGCAGGUUGUUUGUCCCAACUUCACAGGCUAGAUGAUGGGCUUGUAUGCGAGGCAGCGGGGCUGGAGGCAAGUUACGGGCUGGGGAAGGGGAGCGACCUCAUCGAGGGGGCCAGCCCGGAAAGCAAUUCUUGCCCUGCUGAGGAAAAUGUCGAGGCCAUCUGUCAGUUUUUCAACACAAUUGGCAAACAGUUGGAUGAGAACCCAAAGUCUCGUCGAUUUAACGAUGUCUACUUCAACCGUCUAAAGGAGCUUACAACUAAUACUCAAUUGGCACCGCGUUUGAGGUUCAUGGCACGAGAUGUCCUUGAUCUCCGUUCAAACAACUGGGUGCCUCGACGUGAGGAGAUAAAAGCCAAGAAAAUCAGUGAAAUUCAUACAGAGGCAGAAAUGAAACUUGGAUUGCGACCUGGGUCGACCACAAACAUGAGGAAUGGACGAACUGGUACUGGAAGGCCACUCUCACCUGGAGCUUUCCCAAUGAAUGGACCUGGAACUGGUGGCAUGAUGCCUGGCAUGCCUGGAGCGAGAAAGAUGCCUGGAAUGCCUGGGUUAGAUGAUGAUAAUUGGGAAGUUCCACGUUCUAAAUCCAGAACUGACUCAUUCUGCAGCCACACCCAGCUGGUGAAUAAGCCAUCGUCUGUCAAUUCUAAACUACUUCCUCAAGGCAGUGCAGCACUAAUUAGUGGGAAGACAAGUGCACUUGUGGGCAGUGGUGGUCCAAUAUCCCGUCCUUCAAGUUAUUCUCCGGGACUUGCACCAGCUCCAUCUGUAGCUCCUGUAGUUGUGAAGCCAGCUGCUGCUCCCGAGUCAAACUCUGCUGGUCUAGAAAAGAAGACCAUCUCUCUUCUUGAGGAAUAUUUUCACGUCUGUAUUCUAGAUGAAGCACAGCAGUGCAUUGAGGAGCUCAAGAGUCCUCAUUACUACCCAGAAGUUGUUAAAGAGGCCAUCAAUCUUGCUCUUGACAAAGGUGCCAGUUCCAUCGAUCCUCUUGUUAGGCUACUGGAAUACCUUCGCAACAAGAAUACUUUCAAGACGGCAGACUUGGAAACUGGAUGCUUGCUUUAUGGUUCUCUUCUGGAUGAUCUUGCUAUCGACCUACCGAAAGCUCCAGCACACUUUGGUGAAGUUAUUGGGCGGCUAAUCAUGUCACGUUGUCUGGGUAUUGGAGUUCUUGAGGAUACGCUAAAGAAAAUGGAGGAUACCUUCUUCCGCUCAGCGGUUUUCAAAGCUGCAGUGAAGACCAUUGGCGCAAAUCCAUCGGGUCAGGCAAUCUUGAGCUCACAUGUUACUGAAAUGGAUGCUUGCAACAAUCUUUUAUCCUUGAAAUAA